AUGGGAUUCCAGAUGUGGACGAUGAGCUUGAAGGAAAAAUCUAACGGCUCAGACAUUUUGCUAGCGUUGGGUAUAAAAUCGUUAUUCAACCAAAAUUCAACAGACUAUGUUUUGAGCUGCCGCAAGAUUAGGAAGUUUGUUUUCGAGGUUGAAGAAGAGGAUUCUUGGUGUAGAUAUCUCCCCGGAAUGGAUGAACUGCAGCCAAUGGUUCAGCCGUGUAGGAGCCGGACUCCAAAUCCAGAAAUGGUUUCUAGUUCAUCUGCAAUCCCGCUUAUGAAUUCUCGACCGAAUCAAGCAGAGAUGAACUCUCAACAGAAUCAAUCAUUUCAGAGUCCAACUAUUCAAAUCAGCUCCCUGCUAGAUUCAAGUACAGGAUUGAUGCACAAUGAACCGAACAAUAUGUUGUCACAUGAUGCAAGUAUGAGCUUUAGCCCACCAUUAUUGGAUCCUUUAAAUUGGAAUCAUGGUCAACUCAGUCAAGACCUUCACUUUCAAAGAAACAUUAAUGCGGAGGGCUCUUCGUCUUAUCUUCAUAUAAGUCCACCCCUAGCGAAUGAACCGUGUCAGGAGGAGAGUGGGAGUCCAUCUCAGCUAUCUCAACCGGAUCGAUUAGAUCAGAAUCAAAUUGACGGACAGGAAGAGUUACAAACCGAAAAGGAAAGGGCGACGGAAAACAAGAGAAGAUUGACCGAGGAAAUCGCAAAGCUAACUGCAGAAAAGAUGGUAUUGGCAAACGAAAAUCAAAUGCUGAAGGAAGAAAAGGUGGCAUGGACUACAGAAAAUCACAAUCUGACUGUAAACAUGGCAAUAAUUUCAGAGAAUUUUGGAAAGUUGUCUGCCCAGUGCGAAGCUUUAUCACAGUCAAUAAAUUGCCGGCAACAAGAUGAGCAAACCACAGCACACAAUGGACAAUCAGAUAUUCAAAUGAUUCACCAGCAGUUAAAACUAGUUACGUUAAAUGUUUUACAAAUUAAGACUGAUAUGUUGGCUGCAUUAAAACAAGGGUUAUUAUCGUUGGAUGGUUUCCGACAAUCGGAUGAGCAAAUUCCGACACAAAACAGACAACCAAAUAUCACAAGAAACCACCAUGCAAGCACUUCGGCAUCUGAAAGUCAAGGAUGUCAACAAGCAUCUACCAGUUGCCCGCAGCCAAAUGAGCCAAUUCAAGAACAAGCUAGGCAACCAACUAUUGAGCAUAUUCAUCCUUCAACUUAUUCUGCCAAGCAGCAGUUAGCGCCCGAAAGCUUCCAAACAACACAAAAUGAUUCGCAAAUUAGCAGCGUUGUUCAAGAUCCACAGAGGACAACAUCAGUUAGUACUGAAGGAGGCAUUGUCACCAGCUCACAUCUUACAGAAAAUCAAGAGAAUUCUCUAGCUACAUCGAUGCCUAUGGCUGAACUUCUCAACAAAGUCGAUGAAAAAGGAAAGAGCAAAGCUGAUUUCUCAGACUUCCCAUCGUUAGAUAAGAACGACCGCGUUAAAGUUGGAAGAUAUGACGUCCCAAAAUCUCUGCACAGCACUGCCCAAAAAAUCAUGGAUAAAUACGGUGAUGUUACAAAGGAAAGUAUAAUGCACCAUGAUGUCGAUGAGAGAACCUUUAUUCUCUCAUGUGCUUCAAUGAAGGAAAUGGAAGAGCUCCCCCUUGAUCACGUUACUGAGGAUUAUAUAUUGAAGUGGAGCGAUACAACCAAGACUGCUUUAGAGAUGCGUUUCGAUGUCGAAUUCAUGAUGGAUGAGUUAAAAAAAGGCAUUGUUCCCUCUUAUUCUGAUCGAGUCAAAUUUCAGGCCUCCUGGGAUGAUUUGCAGCAAACAUAUGCCAAAAGGCGCAAGCUGUUCAUGGAAUAGAAGGAUGCUAUUAAGAAACUGACAUGAAGGUGAAGCUUUUCGAAGUAGUGAUCUUUAAAUUGUCUUCCUCGUCCUCCCCCUCAAUGGCCGAUUACUUGGCUAACUUUGGAUCGGCUAGAUCCCAGCUGUUCAAAGCCUGGUGGUAGCAUCGUUUGCUUUUUGAUGGAGUGCCGUGGAAGUGGUUCCGGGAUUCGGGGAAUGCCUUUCCCUAGAUAGUAUUGUUUUUUUCAUUGUCAAGGUCACCACUCGCGUUAUGCUCAGCGGUGGGUUUGUUCUUCUGGUUUGUAGUUGGUCUUUCUUGGUUAUAUGUAUGUUUUGUAUUAAUAAAAUUUGUU